AUGACACGACGUUGUUACAAUGAGAGACACACUCACUCGUCUGACCGUUCAGCUCCUCGAGCAAGGACUGAGGAACGUCCCCUCGAUUCUCGACCCUCCGCUCCACUAACUGCUUCAUACACUUAUCACUCGCCCUGCCCUACCGCUCCUGGUCCUUAUAUUCUCGGAGUUGACGAAGCGGGAAGAGGUCCGGUGCUUGGUCCUCUCGUGUACGGAGUCGCCUACUGCCCUGCUGCAUAUCACGACGAUCUAGACAAGCUAGGCUUCGCAGACUCAAAGACACUGACCGCUGCAACACGAUCCACACUACUGAAGACGCUGUGCUCUGAUCCCGCCAGUUUGGCUUGGUCCGUCCGAGUCUUGUGUCCCCAAGCAAUAUCCUCGGGCAUGUUGCGGAGGCCUCCAACGAACCUCAAUCGCCAGUCAGAACAGCCACUAUUUUGCUCAUACGUAUACGUAGAUGCACUAGGGCCCACAAAGACAUACGAGGCCUAUUUAACCUCUCUAUUCCCUGGUAUCAGCUUCACGGUGACCGCCAAAGCCGAUUCCAAAUUCAAGAUAGUCGGCGCAGCAAGUGUGGCUGCGAAAGUAACUCGAGAUGCCUGGGUCGAAGGCUGGAUGUUCGAGGAGCAUCAGCCGGUGGAGAAGAAACCUACAUGGGGAACAGAACUGGGCAGCGGCUACCCCUCUGACCCCAAGACGCAGGCUUGGAUCAAAAGCUCCAUGGAGCCAACGUUUGGUUUUCCUUCAUUAGUCCGUUUCUCCUGGACGACUGUCAAGAUGGUUCUGGACAAAAGUGCACACUCUGUUGAGUGGAUUGAUGACGGCCAGGCAUCCCUGACGAAAGCGUUCGAGAGUGGUACAGGCUUGGAUAAGAACCGCUGCGCAGUAGCCAAAGACCUCUGCAUACGGAGUGUCUCCAGCUUGUGA